AUGUGGUUUCCAGGCACAGCCUCCUAUUUUUCCUCUCUGCUGCAGGCUUUGCUGGACCUCUUGGCGCAAUUGCUACACGCAGCCCAUGAAUCAUGCAGCGGCACACUGUGUGCAGAGACACUGCAAGCCCUGGAUGCUGACAGUCUCAUUCCUGCGCUCCUCUCGCUCUUCAUUGCCAAUGACACAGCAUCAUACGGCGCCCGAUACAGAGCCAUGCUGGUCCUGACUUGGCUGGUGCGUUGCGUGGGUGACACUUGGCGCUAUGCUUGGAGCGACCCCGGCGCUCAAUGGGACAGUGCGCUGGCGGGCUGCCUUGAGCCCAUCAUAAGGCAGGUGGGUGGCACCUACUGGCUCACAAAUCUGGCGCGGAGGGAUGAGCAGUGGCAGGACGGCCUUGAAGAUCCACACAUGGCAAGGGCACUGACAGGCCUCCUCCUGCAAGCCUCCCUGGCAGAUGCAGCCAAUAGGGCCUAUCUGGCAGCAGAGGAUCUCAUCUGCGUGCUUCAAGAUGAAGCAGAAGCAGUGACCAUGUCUGCAGCACUACUACUGAUGGCAUCUGAUGCAAUCACUGUGCCCAUGCAAACAAAGCUGGCGACCUGCCAUCUCCUGACUGCUCUGCUCUCUCCCAGAGAAGCCACCCAGGCCCUCUUCUUGGAUCCCACGGGAGAGGAAUGGAAGCUUCCGGGCAUUGAGGGUAAAGCCAGGAGACAGGCAGCACUUUCAGCUCUGGCCAAUCAGCGCAGAGCCAGAGCAGCGCACACUGCAGAGCAGACCAGGACUGCUCACAGAGGCAGUGGGAGUGUCGGCCUGCAGCAGAGCACAGCAUGGCAGCAGCUGCACUGGGUGCUGCUGCUGCUGAAGCACCUUGUGCUGGACUGCCCAGUGUCUCAGGCGUCUGUAGCAGAGGCUGGUGGCAUUUCUGUGCUCGCUCGUUUAUGGGACUUCGCCUUGGGAGAGCCAGAGCUACUGCAAGACCUGCUGGGGCUGUCGGGGAAUCUGGUGGCGGACAGCACCACUGCGCAGCGGACAUUCUUCUCACAGGCGUCCCUGCUGCCUGAAGUGAUGCGCAUCACGCAAGAGCUCUCGCGCAAGAAGCAGUGGUGCAAGCUCCCAGCUGUCCUGGCUGUGCUGGCAAAUGUUGCAGCUUCCAGAGAGGGGCAGCGAGCGCUCCUCAAAUUGGCAGAGCCUUCGGGCAAGACUGGAGGCAUGAAACGCGUGCCAAAGGCCUCAAGCAGCAAAGUCACAGUAUGGGCGCGUCGGCGAACCACGCUGGCCUGUGCUGUGGCCUUCACAGCCGAGGAGGCGGACAAAGUCCUUCUGACCUCCAUGUACCUAGCCAUCGGCAGCUCGCUGAAAGCUUUGCCAUCACAGCUGGGUCAGCUGACAAUGUACCGCGCCCUUGUACAGGCCAUCUUUAUCCCCUUUGUGGGCAUCCUGGGCAAUGAGUGCAACAGGAUCUUUCUCAUUGCAAUCGGCAGCCUUUGGUGGGGCGGCAUGUCGAUCGGCUUUGGCUUUGCUCACCGCUUCCAAGAGGCCACCAUCUGGGCUGCUCUCUCCGGAGUGGGGUUGGCCCUGGUUUUGCCCUGCGUGCAAGCCAUCAUUGCAGAGCUCUACACCGCCUUUGAGAGGGGCCGCGCCUUUGGCUUCCUCUUCACCGUCUCUGCCCUGGGUGGUGUUAUUGGAACCUUCUGCGCAAUUUCAUUUGGGAACAGGGCAGUACAUGGGGUGGAGGUUUGGAGGGUCCUCUUUUGGGCGAUGGCAGGCAUUUCCCUCAUUACUUGCGUCAUCAUCCUGACUAUGGCAGUGGAACCCCGGUCGAUUAACAAGCAGGUGGCGGACGGCAAGGAGGCAGGUGCCGGGGGAGGGGAGCAGAAGGGGUGUACAAAGGCGGUGCUGUGGCGGAUGUGGGGCAGGCUGGUGGUGAUAAUGGAGGGGGCCUGGAGGCUGCUUGGUUUCUCUGAUCUGGCGACGGGCGGCAUGGCGGUGUGCGCAUCGAUCGGUGCGGCCGUGGGCUUCCUGCUGGGCGGCGGCGCGGGUGACUACCUGUCCAUGCGCUUCCCCAACACAGCCCGCCCCGCCGUCAACCAGAUCAGCCAAGUGCUGGCCGGGCCCCUCUACGUCGCCCUGCUCAAGGGCCUCCCGGGCUCCUCACGCUAUGCGUCCGGCUACCCGCACAGCCUGGACCAUUAUGCUGCGCUAUAUGGCUUUGUGCUCUUCUUCAUCGCCUUCUUUGGCACCUGGCCAGCCUCCAACAAUGCAGCCAUCUUUGCAGAGGUGGUGCCUGAAGGAAUCCGGACGUCUGUGUAUGCGUUUGACAAGUGCGUGGCUGGAGCCAUUGGCGCGCUGGGCGCUCCGCUCAUUGGCAUCCUGGCGGAGCGCGUGUUUGGCUUCAAGGGGAGUCUGGGAGACAGCCACGGCAGCGGAGCCAAGGCUCACGGAGGCGUGGUCACUCCAGGCGUGGCCGCCAACAACGUCAACAAUGCGCGCGCGAUUGAGAACGGCCUCCUGUGGAUGACCGUCAUUCCCAUGAUCCUCAAGAUCAUCACCUACGGGGGCUUGUACUGGACGCUGCCGAGGGACAGAGUGGAGGAGCUCUUUGAGGAAGAAGUGGAGGAGGAGGAGCAGGCGGUAGAGGGGGCCGAUUUGGAGGCAUCCAAGACCAAGAAAGACAUGGACGAUGACAAUGCGCCGGCAGGCCUGGAGCGGGCACCUACCCUGCGGCGCAACGUGUCGAUUCGGCGGGAGCUGCGUGGAGAGGAGCUGAGCGAUCGCUACUUCAGCCUGGACCUGGCCACACUCGGCCGCGAGGCCAUCCGGGGCCUGCUCAACCCCGCCAACAAGCCAGCCUCCCAGCUCAACCCACUCGCCGUCUUUGCCGGCGCGGCGUUCGACGUGAGCCGGGACACGGCGCGCACGUCGCAGUCGCGCGCAGAGCUGAGCCGCGAGUACCGCAAGACCGGCAGCGCCGUGGUGUCGCGCGCGCAGCUUGGCACGCAAACUCUCGAGUACGCAGACGACCGUCGGCGCGCCCGCGCCUUCACUAGCCUGCCGGCAGCUUCUGGGGACCUGCGCGGCGCGCUGCGAUCGGCAGCCGGCCCAGCCUCCGGCGGCCAGGAGGACUCAGGCAGCCAGGGAUUGGUGGAUGAGCGCCCGCCGAAGAAGACCCCAAUGACCUUGCCCAAGUUCCGCGCUUCUGGGCAGCCGCUGGACAGCACAUCCUCUGCACAGGGCCUGGAUCCAUCCUCCAGCGGCCAGCGCAGCGCUCGGCGGACGCCGCCGCUGCCGCCGUCGGCGCGGCGCGACCCUCGGGCCACGCCACCGUUGUGGGAGGGCGACACGGCGACGCCGGGGCGCGGCGGCCGCAGCCCCCUCCAGCUUCCCAGCGUGGACGAGUCCGAGGAGCGCCCCGCCGACAAUGAAAAGACCGACGGCCGCUCCAGCGCCUUGCGUGACUCCCCAUGA